AUGUCUCUUUCAACGAAAUUAACUUUGGACAAACUGGAUGUUAAAGGAAAGAGAGUUCUCAUGAGAGUAGACUACAAUGUUCCCAUGAAGAAUAACCAGAUCACAAACAACCAGAGAAUCAGGGCUUCCCUCCCUAGUAUAAAAUAUUGUCUGGAUAAUGGAGCCACUUCAGUAGUUCUUAUGAGCCACCUAGGUAGACCUGAUGGAGUUCCCAUGCCUGAUAAAUAUUCCCUGGAGCCUGUCGCUGCUGAGCUCAAAUCCCUGCUGGAAAUGGAUGUACUGUUCCUCAAGGACUGUGUGGGUCCAGAAGUGGAGAAUGCUUGUGCCAACCCAGCUUCUGGGUCAGUUAUUCUGUUGGAGAAUCUGCGCUUUCAUGUAGAAGAAGAAGGGAAAGGUCAAGACGCUGCUGGAAAUAAGCUCAAAGCUGAAGAAGCUCAAAUAAAGACCUUCCGAGACUCUCUGUCCAAGCUAGGUGAUGUUUAUGUCAAUGACGCUUUUGGUACUGCUCACAGAGCCCAUAGUUCCAUGGUGGGAAUCAAUCUACCCCUGAAGGCAUCUGGGUUUCUGAUGAAGAAGGAACUGGAAUACUUUGCUAAAGCUUUGGAAGACCCACAGAAACCCUUUCUGGCUAUACUUGGUGGAGCCAAAGUUGCAGACAAGAUACAACUCAUCAAAAAUAUGUUGGAUAAGGUUAGUGACAUGAUUAUUGGUGGUGGAAUGGCUUAUACCUUUCUCAAGAUACUUAAGAACAUGGAGAUUGGUAAUUCCCUAUUCGAUCCAGAGGGAGCUACAAUUGUCCGGGAAAUCAUGGACAAAGCUAAAACUAAUGGUGUAAAAAUUACCUUCCCGGUGGACUUUAUCAUUGCUGACAAAUUUGAUGAGAAUGCCAAUGUUGGUAAAGCCACUGUAGCAUCAGGUAUACCUACUGACUGGAUGGGCUUGGAUUGUGGUCCUAAGACUAACAAGAAGAAUGCUCAAGUUGUGGCCAAAGCCAAGCUAAUUGUGUGGAAUGGACCUUUAGGUGUAUUUGAAUGGGAAGCUUUUGCUACCGGAACCAAAUUCCUCAUGGAUGAAAUUGUGAAAGCCACCUCCAAUGGCUGUGUCACUAUUGUAGGUGGCGGGGACACUGCUACUUGCUGUGAAAAAUGGAACACUGAAAAUAAAGUCAGCCAUGUGAGCACUGGAGGAGGUGCCAGUCUAGAGCUUCUGGAAGGCAAAGUCCUUCCUGGAGUAGCUGCUCUCAGCAACCUGUAG